UUGGCCAUCAAGCGGGCUCGCGAGCAACUCGUUCCUUUUAUCACCCGAUUAUUCAGCGUCUGCUUCGAAUUCUCAUCCCUCUCUCCCAUGUUCCGACUCACUGUUACUGUUGUGCUGCCCAAGGCCGGCAAAGAAUCCUAUGUCACUCCCAAGAGCUGGCGCCCUAGUGCCCUUCUUCCGAGUUUCGGCAAGCUCUUAAAGAGAAUUGCCGCCGGUUACCUCAUGGGAAUUGCUAUUGCAUACUCUCUUCUGCCGAGUAUACAGUACGGC